CCGAACGUAAACCGGUGUGGACGUCGUGCUGUCUUCGACAUUUUAAUAAUCGCGCUACGAUCGUGUUUUGACAACACGGUGUCUCGGAACUUCUUAAAUAUAACGGAAUAGUUUUUGAAGUGAUAGCAAUUUAUACGAGGGGUGUUCAAAAAAUAAUGAACUGUGUUUUAAAAAAUAUUGUGUGCAAAAAAGUUUAAGAACUACACCUCAAAAAGUUUGUUAGUGAAUUUAUUGGACUGCGACAGUGUUUACGUUUUCGUGGACAACCAGCAGAGAAAGACGUCUAACCUACAUCCAGGGCGACGAAGACGCAUCCAAAGUGAAAGUUAAGGCUUACUGCUUUCGUACAUGUCUUCUGUAUUUGGACUGUCAAAAGACGUUUAGAGGACAGUUUUGUUGAGGGCAAGACUUUUCUUUUAUAGCUAAAGGAAUAAUUGAAAAACUUCCGGGCGCUUAUGGGAAAGAUCGCAGCUGGGUGACCCGAAAACUGUAAUAAAAAUAAACGUUUCACUGGAAGAUUUAUAUCGUCUUUGAAGUACGAUAUCUUAGGAUGAUUUAUAGUGAGUGUCUUGUGAGGAUGCGUUUUGGGAAGCCUGAAUAGAGAGCUGGCAGCGAUUUAUUUUUCUAGCUUUAUGAGGGAAAGAAGGUCGUUGCCGAUUAGUAGCGAAGUGGCGCUAAAGAGUGACAAAGAUGGAACUGGGAAGUUGGUGGUGAACUCUGUGCUGUGUGGUGUGGUGGAUGAACUGUCUAACGGAAGGACUGGCAGGCGAGGCUCGUGGGUUCGUCACGCCGUCAUGGGGGUGCUCCGGUGGAAGGACCUGACAGGAGUCAGGACCACCACACCUACCGAACAAAAAGAGGUUGGACGGCCAGAGAAAUGCCGCUCCGUAUCAGCUGGUGGCACUGGGGGUGCAACGAUAAACGAGCGGCACUCCUACGCAGAGGGCAGAGUGCCAGCACCCCAUGGUACUCCGUCCUCACCUGGCGCAGCGGCUGCGCAGCGAAAAGUUGCUGCCGCUUGCUUCGCCAGCCGCCGCCUCUUAGAGGAAACUCUUGCUAAAAGUGGAAACCCACCAACAAUAGUUUUACCACCAAAAGGCUACUGGGUAGAUGGAGUAGAAGAUACAAUGCCUGAAGGCGAAGAUGUCGAACCCCGAGCACAACCUGGCACCCCAAGACAAGCGUCGAGGCGACAUAACAUCGACACCGACAACAGCGCCAAGUACUACCGGCGAUUCUUCCUUGGCAAGGAACACAUAAAUUUGGUCGGAUCUGACGAGAAUCUCGGUCCGGUAGUGAUGUCCCUCAAGAACGAACACGUGGCUAGUCAGGAUCACACUAGAAUAUUAUUGAGGUUUCGCACGCAAACCAUACAUGGACUUAUACCCACCACUAGAUCAGGAGUAGUGCAAUCGCCCCUUGAAAUGGCAAAAAUGUUAAACGACCAAGUGAACAUUGACAACUUCACGCCCGUCAUGUGUCUCAACGCGUCAUCCCUGAUAGCGCAGUACGACGAACAUGUUUUAGUAAACUGCUUCAAGUUUGGAGUUCUAUACCAGACUUACGGGCAGACGACAGAAGAACAACUGUUCGGCAACAACGAAAUAUCACCAGCGUUCGAGGAGUUCCUAGACAUGCUGGGACAGCGGAUCAAAUUGAAAGACCAUAAAGGCUACCGGGGCGGUCUGGACAUUAUAAACGGCCACACAGGCACGGAAGCCGUUUAUGAGACGUACAACGACCGCGAAAUAAUGUUUCACGUGGCGCCCUUAUUGCCACACACCGCCGGCGACGCUCAGCAACUGCAGAGGAAAAGGCACGUCGGCAAUGACAUCGUAGCGAUUGUAUUUCAGGAGAAGGCAACACCUUUCACACCUGACAUGAUAGCAUCACACUUCCUCCACGCGUUCAUCGUGGUCACACAUCUGGAAUCUGCUGGUGGGGAGACCAGGUACAAAGUGGCCGUCACCGCUCGUACUGACGUACCAUUCUUCGGGCCGACUCUCCCGCAGCCGUCGAUAUUCCGCAAGGGGCGAGAGUUCAAAGAAUUCCUCCUUACGAAGCUAAUAAACGCCGAAAACGCGUGUUACAAAGCAGAUAAGUUUGCUCAACUUGAGUUAAGGACCAGAGCAUCACUACUGCAGAACUUGGUGAAUGAUCUGAAGACGAAGACGACAGAGUUUUUGGGCGCUGGAGUGAGGUUGGAGCCAGGCGCGGUCUCGCCACAACCUGAUGGCACCCCAAAACAAGAUGGCCCUGGAUCACGUUUCAUCGAUACAGUGAAAAAGGCGUUAAUUUCUAAAGUCAGAUCACCAAGUGUAGACACGAAUCUCUCAGGCGAUAGCAACAAGAAUGCUCUAAAUAAAAAUAAGUUCGUUCCGAAUGAAACUCAUACUCCUAAUAGCGCUCGUUCCAAGUCAUCAGUGGCGUCGUCGUCUGCAUCGGCGGUGUCGGUUCGGUCAGCGGGUGGGUCGGGCGCAUCGCAUGCGUCAGGCGAGUCCAGCCCAGACGUGACGUCACGCGCUGCGCCCCCCCGUCCCCCUCUCACCGACCAUAGCGACGACUCCAGUCUCAACUCUGUGGAUUUAGACCCGCUUGGUGGAGUGUACGUUGAUAGUGACACGGGUCUCGAAUCUAUGUCCUCGGCUGAAGCGGGGGCAGCGUGUGGGGGUUGUGCAGCGGGAACAGGGCGUGAGGUCACGCCUCGAGACGCUGAGAUGUUACGCCAAGAAGUGUGCCGCCUCAAGAACGAUAAACUUGACCUGCUCAAACAAAAUAUCACAUGGCAAAAUGAGAUCAAAAGUCUACGUGAGAAAGAGUUGACAUUACAAGCGGAGCUGAACUCCAUGUCGAGGGAAAUGCGGAGACUUCGGGAACAACAGGUCACAGGCACCAUCAUACCCAACCCAUCAACACACGACUCCACCGCUUAAAUAUAAACCUUAAACUCAUUGAUAUAAGAUACCUAUUCAAAGUACACACGUACGAUUCUUAUAUGACGCCACCGCUUAACGUAUCUUGAACUCUAUGCCUUCGCAUUAAGGUACGUCUUGAUGACUACUGUGGAAGAGAUCUGAUUAUAAAUGACCAAGUAAGGUAAUCUGGGAUUUAGGAUGUUUUGCUAAACAAAUGUUUUAGUAGUAGUUACUUGAUGUCGCUACAUUAUAUAUAUGUACGUUGCUCUCUUUACAAUUUGUAGCGAUUAUGUGCAAUAUUGUGUUCUUAUAUACGACUGUGCAAUCAAACAAGGUAAAUUGCAUUGUUUAAUUGUUAUUUUUAUGUAGAAAAUUCUUCGUAUUAAAUAAUGCUAUUUACAAAGUUGUGAAGCUGAACAGUUUGCAAUACAGAUGUUGUUUAUAUUAUAAAGUAGCAAAACUAUUCCUUAUAUUUAUUUACCUAUAUAGAUGUCCCAGUUUAUUAUAUUAGUAAUACUAAAUUACUUCUUAGGUCGUGGCUUGACUGACUAUUAAUGAGAAAUGCUAAAACUUCGACAUAAUUAUAACGAUUCUAUAGUUAAUUAGAGAGAAUAUGAUUCGAAUCUUUUUAUAUGUUGUUAUACCAAAACUGAAUUGUUAAUUACGUUGUUUCUCUUGUACAUUAAACUUU